CCUGGUGAAAUCCGCCUGACGGUCUGUCACAUCUCACGCUGACACCAGGCGAACACUGGGCUCACACAGGGCGCACAAUAAUAUCGACAGAUAGAGGUACAGCGGAGGAGAGCGCACCGGAGCCUCUAAAAAGCUGCUGCUGCUGCGAGAGGAAACGACGAAAUUUUUUAAAAAAAGGAGGAGAAAAAAAAAAAAAAAACAGAGGAAAUCCCCCGAAAGGAAAUGCCAAUCGCAGCCACCGGACAACCAUCGACCCGGGAGCCCAGAGUUUGCCCCCGGCUGCCCUCCACCCCGGAGCCUGUCCCCAAAGGGGCUGAUUUAUUCGACGAGGCGGGGGCGGCGGAGCGUUCAGACUACGGAGGCGCGGAGGGGGGCCGAGGACUCGGGGGCUACAGCGGGGCGAGGAGCUUUGCACAACCGACCACCGGCUCUCCGCCGCAGUCCCCAGCCGCGACCUCCUCCUUCUUCCUCCACCUCCCUCACCCCCACCAAGUGGCCAUGGAGCCCCCCAGGACUCGGUCGCGCUCCCGCUCCGGAUACUACCAGCAGCAGUUCGGCGUCGGGAACAGCGGCGGAGGGACGGUGUCCAACCCGCAGCAGCAGCAGCACGGUGCCGGCUGCGCACCGCUCGGAGCUCACGGCGACCUCUCGGAGAACCAGCAGCGACCACAAGGGAGCACGCCCCCCCCCGGGAUUCAGAGGUUCCCCUCUCAUCCCGGAGUCCAUCACAUCCCAGUGGCGGGAGCCUCAGGUGGAGCGUAUCACUGCCACCCUGACCAUGCAUAUGGAGAGGAGAGCGAUAAGAGCGAGGAAAGCCCCAGUCCAAAGCGCCAGAGGCUGUCCAGUCAGUCCGUCUUAGAACAGCUGACCUCAUCUGCACCCCCACCAUCCACCCCUUCUCCUCCCAUCCGCCCCUGGGAGUCAGGACCCCCGAGUCGCAGACAGCCUCACCCUCACUCACACUACCACCAAGAGAGGUGCCUCACUCCUGCGCGGCUCAGACGAAGCCCGCCAGCGAGGCGUCAGCGUGGCCGUCUCUCCAGACCCGCCCGUCACCUGCCUCCGCAGCACCACACCCCCGCUCAAGGCCCCACAGCUCGCUUGUCGCCGUCUGAACUUCAGGAUGAAAACUUCCACCGCAGCUCUCACCUCGCCUCGCAUCAGACAUACCCGUCACACACUCCAAGCGGUUACGGUCAGCCUCCUGCAGUCGGCGGUGGCGGUUCAGAGGAGCUCCGAGCCUUUCACCCCCCAGCGUUGUCGCCUCAACUACUGCACCCAGCUGCUCACCACCACCCGCAUCAUCAUCAUCCUCACCAGCAACAGCACCAUGCGGCGCAACAGCAGCAAGGAGCCAUGGUCAUGGACUUGCACGAGCGGCUGCAGCAGAGCAGCGUCCCAGUGUCCUACACGGUGACUCCAGUCCCUCCACACGGCCUCCCACCGCCUUUGUGUAGCGGUCAGCAUCUUCCCCCUUCCUGCUCCUCACAGCCUCAAGUCCCCGCCUGCAACGUGGUCUUCAGCACUGGACAACACUAUCAUCCGAUGUUACAGGCAUGUUCCAUGCACCAUUUGCCAGUUCCCUACGCCUUCCCGUCUCUGCUGUCCAGCGACCCUCAGUUCCUGAUAUCUCCUCCGCCUCAUCUGUCUCACCACACGCCCCACCUCCCAGCGCAUGCACAGUUCCUGCCUUUCCAGACUCAACAAGCCCGAUCGCCCUUACAGAGGAUUGAAAACGAGGUUGAUAUUGUGGGAGAACAGCUUCCUGUUGGUGGAAGCUUCAGCUACGCUCAUCACCAUCACCACCACCAUCACCACCAGCCUCCCUCCACGCUGCCACCCUCUACUCCGCUCCAGUUCCUGUCACACCAUGACCCCCUGUCACAAGAGCUCUUUACAGUGCCAUAUCCCCACUUCAUGCCUCGUCGCUUCACGAGCCGACGUUACCGCUCGCAACAAGCUGUGCCCCCCUCUCCCUACCACCCCAGCUUCCUGCCUUACUUCCUGUCUAUGCUUCCUGUGCCCCCAAAUGUGGCUCCUGCCAUCAGUCUAGAACUGGAUGUGGAUGAUGGAGAGGUGGAGAACUAUGAGGCCCUGUUGAACCUCGCUGAGCGCCUAGGAGAGGCCAAGCCCCGCGGUCUAACCAAGGCCGACAUCGAGCAGCUUCCAUCGUACAGGUUCAACCCCAACAACCAUCAGUCGGAGCAAACACUCUGUGUGGUGUGUAUGUGCGACUUUGAGUCUCGCCAGCUCCUCAGGGUUCUGCCCUGUAAUCACGAGUUCCAUGCCAAGUGUGUAGACAAGUGGCUGAAGGCUAACCGGACCUGCCCGAUCUGUCGAGCUGAUGCCUCUGAGGUCCAGCGGGACUCAGAGUGACCUUUAUUAACACAAUCCCUGACUCCCUUCGGAUGCACCAAUCAAUCAGUAAACUCUUAAUCUGUCACAUGACUGGGACCACUCCAGAUAAAUCUCUUGUUUUUCAUUCCACUGACACCGAGCUGUAACUCACCAGGACAAAGCAUUUAGGUAUGUCGACUUUCUGCUCCUGCUUCCUGUGUGGCUGGACUUUUUAGGCCCGGUGUAUUUUUUUACUCUUGUUCUGCCGCCUACUGAUGGUUGCCAUGAAUCGCCUUUGAAACAACUCUUCACAUUGUUUGUUGGACGUCCCCGUUUUUCAUGUUGUUGUAAACCUUUUUCUAAUUUACGAGACCUGCAGAAGAAAAUCUAAAAAGAAAUUGGCAUUCCAAAGAUAAUGAUGUAAUCGAGAUACUUUUUUUUAUUUUAUUAAACUCAUAAAAAACAUUGUAAUUUCGUAUUUUUCUUGAACUCACCAGAGUCGAAGCGGUCUGUAUGAGGUGAAACCAACAUACUGUUCACGGCGUGGGAUGGAAAAACUAACACGUUGUUCUUUUUGUGUGAAAGUGUGUUUCAGCGAGUUUGUUAAAUCUUUUGGGUUUGGUUGUUGACUUGUUAAAAUGUACUUCCUUAACUGGUUUCUCCUCCUGCAGAUUGAUUUAGACUCUUUCAAGUUCAACAUUUUAUGAGUUUUAAAUCAAAAAGGGCCAAGUACACAUUGGGUUUUGUCUUUUUUUUUUUUUCUUUAUAAAAAUUCAUGUCAAUCAAUAAAUGAAGUUUUAAGUGUUGACCUCAUGGAUUCAUCAUUACCCCACAAACAACUUAGUCAUGUUUUGUUGUAAGUUAUUAAAAAUGUGAUUGUCUUUAUUUUUUUUUGUCUCGUCUUCUGUGCAUGUUGUGCAGAUAACGACCUUUUCUCCAUCACCUACAGGGAACAACCCUUAGAUACGUGGGAGGUCUUAACUAGCUGGAGUACGUUUCACUGGCAGAUCUUCAGCACUUUAACAUGAUUUAAAGACCCAGGCUCGCUCUUCCUCCUCAACAAACCAGUUUCAAACUCAUAUUUCCGCACUAACACAGAAAACUCACUUUUUGCAACAUUGUUCCUCGCCACAUUUUUUUCUACAGUUCUCCUCGUACGAAACAUCAGAGAUGCUUGAGGCUAUUUGGUUACCGUAUUUUUGGGAUUAUAAGGCGCAUUAGUUGAAACAAAACGGAUAAAUCAAACUUUAUUCAACUCAUUCACAGUAACGCUCAGCAUUGUUCAUUUGUACCACAUAAAGUCGAUUCGAGGUCCGUAAGCACAACCAGAAUUGAUCCAUAAGUUGCACUGGAUUAUACGGCUCACUGUUGAUUUUUUGAGAAAAUUCAAACAUUUUAAGUGCUCCUUAUAGUCUGAAAAAUAUGGUAAAAGUUUUCACAUCAAACUGCCACACAUUUUGAACAAGU